AAACUCUGUCUGUGUCUUGACUACGGUGCCGAGGCCGUGGAAAAGGUCGAUUACACUUGAUUGGUCCGUUAGGGGCACUUGAUCUAUGCCCGAACCAUAGAGCCACAGAAGAUCUGCAUUGCCCUGCGAUGACAGCUGCACCGCGGCGCCAACCCCGCAAGAUACACGACUUAUUCUGGGGUACCGUACGCCGUCUGUCGCUCAAAUGCCGGUCUUAGUCAAGUGCGAAACAGGACACCGAGCUCCCUCCAGUCGGAAAUGAUCGCUAGCGAACCUUCGUGACGUUCUGAUGCCGCACAAAUCCCUUGUUGCCGACCAUCACGCACAGAGCCGAGGCUGGUGAGAGUCACAAAUAUGGCUAUACAAGAGGUGGAUCCGGCGCAACACCACCUACGCCUCGCUGUCGACCGCCUGGGAUAACGCUCACAUCAUGCUGCCGUUCUGCAUUUUUUCGUUCUUCACUGUCGCUCUCACGGCGCCAGUAGCCGAGCGCGCCGCAGCGCCAAGCGUUACGAUUCAGAAUGGCACUGUUGUUGGGUCGACAUCUUCCGGCAUCGACAACUUUAAGGGCGUCCCGUUUGCUCAGCCACCAACCGGAACGUUGCGACUUAAACCGCCGCAGACCAUAGCUGUACCUUAUGAAACAAUCACCGCAACUGGGACUCCAACAGCGUGUCCGCAGUUCUACUUCCAGGCUAACACGACAGACAUCCCAGAUGGCGUCGUUGGCACCCUACUUGACUCGCCGGGCGUUCAGGCGGCCACAGUUUCCGGCGAGGACUGCUUGACCCUCAACGUCCAACGACCUUCUGGCACAGCUGCGAAUGCUGGGCUCCCAGUGGUCUUCUGGAUCUAUGGCGGAGGUUUCGAGUUCGGGUCCACUCAGAGCUACGAUGCAACGAAUUUAAUUCAAAGGAGUGUGUCUCUUGGCAAGCCCAUUGUCUAUGUAGCUGUCAACUACAGACUUGGCGGAUUCGGUUUCCUCGCAGGCAGCGACUUGGCUUCCGAGGGCUCCACCAAUCUCGGUCUUCGUGAUCAGCGUCUGGGCCUGGAGUGGGUUGCGGAGAACAUAGCUGCGUUCGGCGGAGAUCCCACGAAAGUGACGAUCUGGGGCGAGUCUGCCGGCGCAAUCUCCGUCUUCGAUCAGACGAUUAUCAACGGCGGCGAUAACACUUACAAAGGCAAGGCCUUGUUUCGAGGCGCCAUCAUGGACUCGGGCUCCGUAACGCCGGCGGAUCCAGUCACCGCUCCUCAAGCGCAAGCCGUCUACAACAGCGUCGUACAGGCAGCAGGGUGCAGUGGCAGCUCCGAAAGGUUGGCUUGCCUCCGAGCAUUGCCAUAUGAGCAGUAUUUAGCCGCUGCCAACUCCGUCCCUGCGAUCUUCGGCUAUCGCGCUGUCGAUCUGGCCUACCUUCCUCGUCCAGACCCAGGCAAUAGCUUCUUGAGUCUGUCGCCGGACAUCGCUCUCAACAACGGUGCCUACGCCAAAGUCCCAAUCAUCAACGGCGACCAACAAGAUGAGGGUACUCUCUUCUCGCUUACCCAGGCCAACAUUACUAACAACGCCGAGCUUAUCACGUAUCUCGCAUCUUACUUCCCCAGCAAUCCCAACGCUGUGUCAGACGUUACGCAGCUCGUGAGCUACUAUCCCGACAAGCCCUUGCUAGGCCAACCGGACGGUAGCCCGUUCAACACCGGCAGCCUGAACAACAUCUACCCAGAGUACAAGCGCCUGGCAGCUAUUCUUGGCGAUAUCACCUUCACUUUGACUCGCCGCACAUAUCUCUCGGUGGUGUCGACUCAAGUCAAGGCUUGGAGCUACCUCAGUACGUACCUGUACGGAACACCCGUGCUGGGAACAUUCCACGCCAGCGACAUUCUCAUUGCCUACGGCGAUGCCACGGACGUGCCGAUCCCAACCCAGGCGGUCCAGCAAUACUACAUCUCUUUCAUUAACAGCUUGGAUCCAAAUGCGCUCGGGACACCAGCGCCGCUAAUUACUUGGCCGCAGUGGACAACUGCUUCGCCGCAAUUGGUCAACUUUGCUGCUGCUGCUCUUUCGCUGACGCCGGAUACCUUUCGAAAUGCCGCAGCGCAAUUCUUGGCGACGCAUACUGCGAGUUUCAGAGUUUGAAGGCUCGGGACCGUAUUCGCUUUAUACAGUCGCUUUAAGAUUCACGGCGAGACUGCAUCAUUGUUUCAGUGUGCAAAUUUGGGUGCA